AUGGUAGAAUCGAUACCUUCCCGACCGCAAGGUCAAAGCCCAAGCCAAGCUUCAUCACAACAACAUCCCCCCCGCCAUACACAUUCACCUACUCAUUCUCACUCUCACUCGCAUCAUCACCACCACCAUCAUCACGUCUCCUCGACCCCGAUCACCAUUCCACCCUCACCAAUCUGGUGGUCAAACACGCUCUUCUUCCUAGGCUUCCACGUCCUGGCGAUCUAUGGCGUCCUCUACCUCGCUCCGCCUAGCAAGAUCGGAUGGCAGACCUGGGUACUCUGUGGGCUCAGUUGGCAGGCGGCUAGUUUUGGGGUGACGAUCGGCUAUCACCGUCUAUGGUCCCACAAGGCCUUUACGGCCACACUACCACUCCGGAUCGUGCUCGCCUGGAUGGCUUCCCUAGGAUUCCAGGGGAGCGUCAAGUGGUGGGUCCUGAGGCAUCGAUUACAUCAUCGUUUCACGGACGACCCGAUCCACGAUCCGUACUCUGCCACGCGGGGACUGUGGUUUGCCCAUUGCGGAUGGAUCUUUAGGAGGCCGAAUUACCCUCGUAUGAAGUUGAUCGAAAAGGACGACCUCGAGGCGGAUCCCGUGGUGAGGUUUCAACACAAGUACUUUGUCCCGAUUGCCGUCUUUUCAGGAUUGGUACUCCCUACGCUCAUCGCCAAGUACGGCUGGGACGACGCGAUGGGCGGGUACGUCUGGGGAGGAUUGGUCGCGAGGCUGUUGAUCUGGCACACGACGUUUUGCAUCAAUUCAUUGGCGCAUUGGACAGGGCUACAGCCUUAUACCGAGGAGGUCACCGCUAGGGGGAACUACCUAUUGGCCCUGUUGACGAGCGGGGAGGGAAAUCACAACUUCCACCACUUGUUUCCCGCCGACUUUCGAAAUGGGCCUCAUCCUCAGGAUUGGGACCCGACGAAAUGGAUCAUCUGGGCGUUGCACACAUAUACCCCUCUCGUGCCCACGAUCCGUCGGACAAAGGAAGCCGAGAUAAACAAGGCCAAGGCGCACGUCCACCGGAUCCAGGCGGAACGGUUGACUGCCCUUGUGCCCGAAGUGGAAAAGUCAAAGGAGGAUCACGAACUGCCAGAAUGGACGGUGGAAGAGACGCUUGAUCAGGUCGCUAGCGGUCAGGCAUUGUUACUUAUCGACGGGUACAUUGUCGACGUGUCGGAUUACCUUGACGAGCAUGUGAGUUCGACCUCGACGCCGAUGGACACGGCAUCCCGCUCGCUCAAGCGCAAAUCAGCGCGAACCCCCUCAUCGCCCUCGUCGAUUGACUCGGGGUAUGAAUCCCUCGGGACGUCUUCGGGCAACUCUUCCCCGACUGGCGAACGUUCGGCGGACGAGUCCACACAACCUCCUCCCCAGUCGGUCGUCGUGCAGACCAGGAUCUUGAAGGAUGCCAGCCGCGCGUUCUUUGGGCAGAUCAACAACCAUUCUCAGGCUGCAAAAGAAAAGAUGCGUUGUCUCCGUGUGGCCAGGUUGAGCACGCCGGAUAGACAGGACGAGGAUGACGAUUGA